UUAUUCUUUUUUUCACUUCAUUUUAUUAUUUGUUUUUGGACAGAAAUCUUACCUUUUUAAAAUAAAACAAAGUGGGCUCAAGAGAUGGCUGAUUUCAGAUUGAUUCUUGUAGUGCAGCGGGUUUUGUCGUACAGAGGAAGCUGGACAAACUGGAAGCGAGGGGGCACUGCAGCAGCAACAGAUGGACUUGGAGGGAUUACAUGAUUCAGGAUGAGUAUGUGACAUGAAUUCCCAAGAAAGACAGAAAAGAGAGUAGAUUUGCGUGGAGACGGACACUUUGUUCCUCAAUCAGUUCCCAUUUUCUGUAGGAUUACAGGGGAGAGCAGCUAGAGAGCCAUGCUGGAGCACAUGUCCCGUCGCUCUCGCUCCAUGCUCUCCCUGACUCUAACCACCCUGGCUCUGACCCUGUCCAUCCUGGCCCUCUGCACCUCCUACUGGUGUGAGGGAACGCACAAGGUGGUCAAGCCUCUCUGCCUGUCACCCGUCAAGAUGAAGAACUGUGGUCAGAACAACAGCGAGCCUUACACCACAGAGAGUCCCACUCAGAACCCCUUCAACCGCACUCUGUCUCCAGCCAGAAGAGAUGAGCUGGACAAGAUCAGGCAGAGGCAGCUGGCCAACGCGGUCCACUACAUCUGGGAGACGGGGGAGGACAAGUUUGCCUUCAGAUACUUUCACACCGGCUUCUGGGAAAGCUGCGAGAAACAAAAUGAUGGAGAGGUGUGUCGCAGCUUCAUAGACUUAACUCCUGGAGAAACACAAGGCGUGCUCUGGCUGUCGGUUGUUUCUGAGUUUACAUACAUCGGCCUGCUGGGGAUGGGCUUCUUACUGAUGUGCCUGGAAAUGAUGUGCUCCCAUAAAGAGAUGCACGCGCUAAAAAUCAAUGCCUUUGCAGCCAUUUGUACCGUACUGUCAGGUGAGGGUAUUCUUCAGAAUUACUGUUUUUCAGUGGUUUACUGGAUCAGUUUAUUGUUCCCUUCCUGUACAGGUCUUCUUGGGAUGGUGGCGCAUAUGAUGUUCACUACCGUGUUUCAGAUGACGGUCAUUGUGGGUCCGAAAGACUGGAGACCUCAGUCCUGGGACUACGGCUGGUCCUUCGCCCUUGCCUGGGUGUCCUUUAGUUGUUGCAUGGGGGCAGCUGUGGUGACGCUCAACUCCUACACAAAGACCAUCAUUGAGAUUCGACGGAGGCAGAGGCUCCGCUUGGAGGAAGCGAGAGCCACCACUCACGCACCGACGUACGACGAGGUCGUUCCGGGGGGCGGUUUCUACUCUGUCAGCGGUCUGUUGCACUGUCCGGAUGGCAUGAUCGACGUGGCGUGGGCCCCAAACGGAAGCGUGGUUGGACUGGGAAACGGGGACGUGCCGACGCUGGUUUUGGUGGGAGGCUGUGGACCGGAGGGGUGUGAGGACUGUGAAAGAGAGAGGGAUGAGAUGGAGGAGGCCAUAGAGAGAGUUGAUUCACCUUGUUAAGUGAAACAUUAACUUUAAAAAAACUGAAUCAGAAGGAAAGCAUCACAGCACUGAUGAACGACUCGGUUUUGUUUUGACUUCCUCUCUUCAUGGGAUGCAACUCAUUGUGGGUCAAGGAGCAGAAAUAAGAGGACAAAGAAGAAAAGGUGCACACAAACAACCACUUAUCGAACAAGCAACAAAACUCAAAAAUGAAAGCCGAGAUGGAAACCCUUGAUCCUUCAGCUUUAACAGACAUCUCCUCAGCUGUCUCCUUCCAAAGCAAACCUGAGACUGUGACCUUACCGAGUGGAGUUGUCUCGGUGGCAGGCAUCACUGUGGUGACUGGGGGUGUCGAACUGUCCUGUGGGUCCUGCAUGCUGGCCUUUGGGUUUUGGGGCACUCUCAUCGGCUUCAGCUGUGUUGCUGUGGGACUGUGGGACCAGCUGACGCAUUCUAGAAAUGGCACCUCUCACUUGCUGGGGCUGGGAUUCGUGAUUCUGGCUCUCAGUUUUGUGGUGGUGGCCGGCGUGGCAGUGUUCCACCUACUGACGAAGAAGAAGAGGAGGAAUAGAAGAAGAGAAAGAGAGGAUGGAAAGCACGUGCUUGUUGAGGAUGGAGAAGUGGUUAAAAAAGUCACUGUGUAAUAGGGAUGUAAAUCACGUCAUAUUGUAUCGAUUUGUUUGGACAACGAUACGAUAUUUCUCGAUAUCACAAAGUCUGUCAUAAUACGAUUUUGAUUCAUUUCAGUUCACAAGUCUGUGAUAUUUAUGACUGAAUAUCAUGUCAGGUGAUAUCAUUCCACAUCAGGCAUGUGAUGAAUGUAUGGAUCAGUGUUUUUGUUUUGCCUCUAUGUACUUCAUUCAUCAUUUAAUCAAUAUAUCGAUGUGGAUGGAUCGAUGUAUUGUUACACUCCUAUUGAAUAAAGGUGAAUUAAUUGCAGGAUUUAAACAUGUUGGUAAAAUAUUCUGAACAGAAUUAUGUUCAGAUUGUCAUGAAUUAUUAUUAUUCCCUGCCUGGUUUCUAACUUAAUAACAGUAGUGCUUCAGUUACUGCUUUUAUCUAAUAAACUAUUUAAAAAUGUAGUCCUCUUUUCCAACAUGUGAAGUAUUUUCUUUUCAUAACAUUUGCUUCCUUUUAACGCUAUAAUUUUGACAUUUAGUCAUAAUGAUAUUCAAGAUUGUUUUUAACAAAUAAAAUACAAAUUAUUUAUGACAGGUAUAGUCCAGUUGUUGUGCACUGUAAGAAAAAUAUGUUCUAAACAAUUUAAGCAAAUGUUUUUAUGUUAUGUCAACACAUAGGUACUACAUAAUCUAGCAUGUAACAAACUAACGUGGCGUUAUGUAAAUUUUUAACAACUCAAAUUAACAUCAUAACAAAAUCUGUUCAAAUUUAGACAGAUACUGUAACAUAUAAUAAAUAAACUCUAAAAUGUU